GCCCCGGCGUCACCCCCGAAACUUCUCGGUUUCAUCGCGGGACCCAGGCACGGGUCCCCGCUGGCGUUUGCGCGUAGCCGAGGGUGGCUGAAAGCCGCACAGGCCCGGGGUGACGAUGGCUCCCUCGGGGUUGGCCUGAUUCUCCCUCGCUCCUCCCUUCAGUGACCCGCGUGCCCGACCAUGGGGCUGCAGAGCCGGGAAACCUGGGCCCAGCGCCUGGGCGCCUUCCGGGCCAGCCCGGCCGCCUUCAUGGCAGCUCCCGAGGGUGAGGAGCUGGGUCGGGAACUGCUGAGCGACCUGAGGAGUGAGAAGCUGAACGAACAGACCAAGGUUUCCUUGCUGGCCCUGAGCUUGGAGUACCCAGCCCAGCUGUGGCCGGAUGCCCCUGGAGCUGAGGCAGCUGCCACCUCCUUUUUGGACACCCUGGUCCUUCUACCCCCUCGGCCGUCAGCUCUGCGGCAGCCCCUGUUGCUGGCAGCAACCACAGCCCUGGUGGCAGGAGGUGUGCUCGGCCCCACCUCCGGAGCCUCCCUCCGGCUCCUGCCCCUGCUGCUUGGCUUGGCUUCUGGUGGCGAUCUGGGGCGAGGCUUUGUCCCUUCCUCAGAGCAGCGACCCCUGCAGGCCACCGCGUUCGAGUGCCUGCGGGAGCUGGAGAGCUGCAAGCCUGGGCUGCUGGCGGGCUGCCUGGGGCUACUGCGGGGCCUGCUGGGGCAGGAGGGCCUGGUGGCCCCUGUCCAGCCAGUCAGCCUGCUGCUGACACUUGCCCUGCGCAACACCUUGGUGAUACAAGCUAGGGCCAAGGCCAGCCUGCAGGGCCUGCUCACAGUCAGGACCUCUCCCACUGGGGGUGGCCCCUGGAACUGGACACUAGCCCAAGAGGGCGAUGCCCACCUUCAGCCCCAAGCGCCUAGUUGGCCAGCAGCAGAGGAGGAAUGUGGCCUUUCAGCUCUAGAGCCUAGUCCUGAGGAGGCCCGGGAGCUGCGGGCUGCAGUGGCCCAGCUUCUGGACACUUCGUACCUGCUCACGCCUGUGGCCCAGGCUCAGGUUCUGUGGCUGCUGGGCUGGGCCCUGCGAGGUCUGCGGGGACAGCCACCAGUGCUCUUCAAACCACAGUUGGUCCGGCUGCUGGGCACAGCACAGCUGACAUUGCUGCACGCUGUCCUGGCUCUGAAGGCAGCCUUCGGCGAGGCGCUGUUCACAGCCCAGGAUGAGGCCUUGCUGCUCCGCCGGCUCACCGUGGCCGCGCAGCACCCAGCCCUGCCCCUGCCCGCCCAUCUCUUCUACCUGCACUGCCUCCUGAGCUUCCCGGAGAACUGCCCACUGGGGCCCGCAGGCGAGGAGGCCGCCCCGCUGCUGCUAGAGCCCCAGCUGUGCCGUGGCCUCCUGCCCAGUCUCCUUCACGACCCCAUGGCCCUGCUGGCCCGCCUGCAUCUGCUGUGCCUGCUCUGUGCUGACGACAAAGAAGAGGAGAAGGGCCAGGGCCAGAGCCCCCGGUGCUACUUGGGGGAGCUUCUGGCCGGACUGCGGCAGAGGGCGGCCCUUAGUGGGGGCCCCCGGGCCUUGACUACUCUCUGCUUCCAGGCCUCAUACCUGGUUGCUCACUGCCUGGCCGGGCAACCUACAGUGCUGACACCCUUGACCCACGGAUUGGCCCAGCUCUACCGAGCCCGGCCUGCUCUGGCCCCCCAUUUUGUUGACCUUCUGGAUCAGGUGGGCCCUGAGCUUGGGGAGCCCCUGAGGGUGGCGUUGCAACAAGAGGUGGUGUCCAGGCCAGGUAGGGAUGAGGCCCUUCGUUGGCACCUGCAGAUGCUGGCAAAGGUGGCAGACAGGGAUGCCCAGAGUGCUACCCUCAGCUUCCUGCAGGCUGCAGCUGCCCACUGCACAGACUGGGGCCUCCAGCAGGCCUUGCUUCAGGUCUGCCGGGCCCUGCUGCGGACAGGCGUUGGGGGAGGCCUGGCAGACUUGCUGCAGACAUUGGCCAGGCAGCUGGAGGACCCUGAUGGACGGGACCGUGCCCGCCUCUACUACAUCCUCUUGGGCCAUCUGUCGGAGCCUAAGCUGGGGGUGGCCCUGGGCCCCUCGCUUGCUGUGCCUGCAUUGGCCUCUUCACUGGUGGCGGAGAACCAGGGCUUUGCCACAGCACUGAUGGUGCAGGAGGCCCCGGCCCCGGUUCGGCUGAGCGUGGGGCCCGAAAGGGGCGAGGGCCCAGUCCCAGUGCUGCAGCUCCAGGUGGAGGUGCUGGAGCCAGUGUACUCUCUGGAGCUGCGCUUCCGAGCGGAAGGACAACUCUGUGCACCUCUAGGGGCUGUCCACGUGCCCUGCCUAUGCCCCGGCCGCCCCGCCCACCCUCUGCUCUUGCCCCUGCAGCCCCGGCGCCCAGCCCCCACACAGCUGGAUAUCCAGGCUCUUUACACCAAACCCACUGGUCUCACAUGCUAUGCCCACCUGCCACCCCUGCCUGUGAAAUUCGCUGACCUCUUCCUGCCUUUCCCGAAGCCCCCUGAAGGGGCCCGGCUGGGCUUCUUUGAGGAGCUCUGGGACUCCUGCCUUCCAAAGGGCACUGAGAGUCGCCUGUGGUGCCCUCUUGGGCCACAAGGUCUGAAGGCCUUGGUGUCCCGCCAUCUAGAGCCCUUUGUGAUGGUGGCCCAGCCCCCCACUAGCUAUCACAUAGCCAUCUGCCUGCCCCCAGACUCAAAGCUGCUGCUGCGGCUGGAGGCAGCCCAGGCGGAUGGAGUGCCUGUGGUCCUGCGGACCGAUGACUGGACUGUGCUGCCCCUGGUGGGGGACUACCUCCGCGGGCUGUCAACUGCUGUCUGAGCCCAGGGCCAGCUGGGAACAGGACUGUGGCCCUUGUAGGGUCUUGUCUAAGAGAGGCGGCUAAAGAAAAGGACUCAGUCUUGUGGCUCCUUUAUUUAAAAACACGUUCACCAA